CAAUCGUGUGCGACGAGAUCCCACGUUCGCUACGUUCCCCCCGGACCCAGCGGUCCGACUAGUCCGUUCUGUGGUUAAAAAAAAAAAAAAAGACACCUUGACGAUGAGUUCUAAACGACAGCAGCCCUCGUCCCCCCCGGGUGACAACACGGAGAAGAGGAAACGGAGGAAGAAACGAGAGGAAAUAGCGGAGCUUUCCCCGGUUUUAGACGAGGAGGAGGUGAAGAGAGGAGUGAAGAAGGCAUGGUCUCUCCGGGACCGCUACUGUCACGAAAAUGUGGAGUUGGACUGCCAGCCGUUUCCCCACUGCGUCAUCCAGAACUUCAUCAGCAGCGAGACCUUUGUGGAGAACCUCCAAAGAGAACUUCUGGACCUUAACUUCCACGAGAAGUCAAACGACCUGUACAAGUUUAAACAGUCCGAUGACUUGAAGAAGAGAACAGAACCACAUAUUUCAGGCCUGAGGGCGGCGAUGUUCGGGCAGCUCCGCUCCUGGCUCGGGGAGGUGCUGGGGGUUGACUUGGAGCCAACCGUGGACAUGUCCUGUGCCAAAUACCAAUACACCGACGUUCUCUUAUGUCACGAUGAUGAAUUGGAGGAGAGGCGCGUCGCUUUUAUCUUAUAUCUUGUCCCUCCAUGGCAGAGCGACGACGGGGGCACUCUGGAUCUUUAUAGCACAGACGCAGGUCACUUCCUGCCACGGAGCAUCGUGAAGUCUCUCGUGCCUUCCUGGAACACGCUGGUUAUGUUCGAAGUUUCGCCAGUCUCCUUCCACCAGGUGUCGGAGGUUCUGUCGGAGGACAAGUGUCGCCUCUCCCUGAGUGGUUGGUUCCACGGGCCGUUGUUGGAGCGUCCUCCCCGCCACGUGGAGCCCCCCAUCUCGAGGAGCCCCCAUUUACCAAGAGAUGAGACACUGCUGCUGGAGUGGGUGAAUCCGGUGUACCUGGACAUCUCCUACCAGGAGCAGGUCCAGCAGGAAUUUGAGGACAGUUCUGAAAUCCAGCUCAAAAAUUUCCUCAAGGAGGACAAGUUCAUGGAGGUGAGCGAGGCGCUGCGUCGCACUGGAAACCAGUGGACAAGCAGGGGUCCACCCAAUAAAAGGCGCUACGAGGCGGCUCAGGCGGACGCUUUGCCGCCGUGUGUCGGUGCAUGCUGGGAGUUGCUGCGCUCCGAAGCGUUCUUCCUGCUUCUGUCUAACUUCACGGGCCUCCGGCUGCACUACCUUUGUCCCGCCGACGACGAGGAGGAGGAAGAAAACGAGAUUGUGAGGAAGGCGAAGGAGGAGCAGGAGGACGGCAGACACGAGGAGGCCACCGGCUCGUCCACAGACUCCCCGGAGGAAGAUAAUGAAGGCAGAGUCAAAGAGCCGAGCACGCCGGUGUGCGCCGGGGAGCUGCGUCGGUGGUCUCAUGGGGAUUACACGCUGUUGCACGACAGCGAGGCGGCCAACGCGGAGUACGCCCUGGACCUCCUGCUGUAUUUCGGUUGCCCCGACUGGCAGUCAGAGUUUGGGGGGUUUACGUCUUACGUGGCGAACGGGGAGGAUGAGGAGCUGCUGACGGUGUACCCGGAGGACAAUUCCCUCGCUCUCGUUUACCGAGACAAGGAGACGCUCAGAUUUGUCAAGCACAUCAACAGCAGAAGCUCCUGGCGGCCGGCUGACGGCUCUCUGCGGCGAGCGUUUUACGAUUUCUCUUUUGUCUACUAUGAAUAAAUGUGUACACUGC